CUCUUCUUCUCCCAAGUUAAAUUUCUUUUAUUAAAAAACUUGUACGUUACUCCUUUCUUCUUUCCAAGAUAAACUCCAAUCCUCUCUCCCCUUUUCAAGAUUUCAUUUACUUGAGUUGAUAAUAAUGGUGGAGAACGGCCACCAACAGCCACCAGCUCCAGCGCCUCCGCCGCCCACCGUCCAGCAACCGCUUGGUGCCGCCAGAGGCCCUGCUUAUCCACCUGCCGAACAACUUCUUCAGCUUAAUUACUGCAUCCAUUCCAAUCCUUCAUGGGCCCAAACAGCUAUACUGGCUUUCCAACACUACAUCGUAAUGCUUGGCAGCAUAGUCAUGGUUGCAUCCAUUCUUGUUCCUCGAAUGGGUGGUGACCCUGGCGAUAAGGCGCGGGUAAUUCAAGCGUUACUUUUCAUGUCGGGAUUGAAUACCCUUUUGCAAGCAUUGCUUGGUACAAGGCUUCCUACAGUAAUGGGACCAUCCUUUGCGUAUAUCUUAGCCGUGUUGUCAAUCAUAAACGAUUUUAGAGACGAAGAUUUCUCAUCUGAGCAUGAGAGAUUUCUGCACACUAUGAGAGCUAUUCAAGGAUCCCUGAUAAUUUCCUCAUUCAUCAAUAUGCUCCUUGGAUUUAGCAGGGCAUGGGGAGAAUUCACCAAGAUUUUCAGCCCAGUUAUCAUCGUUCCUUAUGUCUGUGUGGUUGGUCUUGGAUUAUUUGGAAGGGGUUUCCCGCAGCUUGCAACCUGUGUCGAGAUUGGUCUGCCGAUGCUUGUAUUUUUGGUUGUCUUUCAACAGUACAUGAAAAGGCUCCAUCCGGCUGCACAUCCAAUUCUCGAGAGAUUUGCUUUGCUCUUCUGCAUUGGGCUCGUGUGGGCUUUUGCAGCCAUCCUUACUGUUGCCGGUGCAUAUAACAAUGCCAGGGAUGCAACCAAGCGCAGUUGCCGCACCGAUCGUUCAUACCUAAUGUCAUCUGCUCCAUGGAUUAAGAUACCAUAUCCGUUUCAAUGGGGCACACCUAUAUUCAGAGCAAGCCAUGUUUUUGGGAUGAUGGGAGCUGCUCUAGUAACGACAGUAGAGUCGACCGGAACGUUUAUUGCUGCAUCACGUUUUGCGGGUGCGACACCCCCUCCAGCACAUGUUCUCAGCCGAAGUAUUGGUCUACAGGGUAUUGGCCAGCUGCUUGAUGGGAUAUUUGGUUCAAUUGUUGGCACAAACGCAUCAGUUGAAAACGUUGGACUUCUUGCACUAACGCACGUGGGGAGUCGAAGAGUUGUUCAAAUUUCGACUGCAUUCAUGUUCUUCUUCUCCAUAUUCGGAAAAUUUGGAGCUUUCUUUGCAUCAAUUCCGCUUCCGAUAUUCGCUGCCAUUUACUGUGUUCUGUAUGGUCUCGUAGCUGCGGUUGGAGUUACGUUUAUUCAAUUUACAAACAAUAAUUCGAUGAGGAACAUCUAUGUAAUGGGAUUAUCGCUGUUUCUUGGGAUAUCGAUAGCCCAAUAUUUUGUGAUGAACACAGAUGGUGGAAGUGGCCAUGGACCUGUGCACACCGGUGGUGGAUGGUUUAACGAUAUAUUGAACACCAUAUUUUCUUCGGGUCCAAUGGUGGCUAUGAUAGUGGGAACGAUACUAGACAACACACUGGAUGCGCACCAUGCGCAUGACGAAAGAGGGGUACCGUGGUGGGCGCCUUUCCAGCACAAGAAAGGUGAUAGUAGAAACGAAGAGUUCUACAGUUUUCCUCUUAGAUUUAACGAGUAUAUCCCUACCAGGUUUCUUUAGCCAUAACUUUUGUUAUUACUGUUGAGGAUUUGAAGUAGAGUUCUUUUUGGUUAUGUAUUAAUUACUUUUAAGCUUUUGUUAUCUUUUUUGUAUAAGACAGAAUGAUAUAAAAAUCU